GAAAACAAUUCAUCUUCAACAAUUAAAGAGCAUCAACGAAUAUCUUUAGACGUUUGGGCAAUGAUUAGAAUUUAGUCAAUUUGAAACUUUCCACAGAGCUUGUUGUUUGCAUUUCCAUACAGGUUUUCCAGACUAGCUAUCCAUCCAGAAUGGCGUCUCCCAAAUGGGCCUUGUUUGUGGCAUAUUUUUGUGUUUUUGGUUACACAAUAUCGGCUCUGUACACCUUUACCGGGCUGAUUGGGGUGCAUAAUAUGGACGAAGAUGAUGAAGACGUGACCAAGGGUGAAAAAGCUGUCGAUGGCAAGGUGGUGGAUCCUGACGAACUAACCAUGAGUGGCGAAAAACUUAAGCAGUUUAGUCGUAAGGAGAUAGCCAUAUAUGUCACAGAUCUUGUUAGUGCUGUUAUAAUGACCAUGAUAUCCAUUCUUCUUGUUAUGGGCCUUAAGAAGCAAAAUUACAAAUUUGUUGCUCCCUGGCUGGUCUUGAGUUUCUUCGAUGUUGUCGUUGAUUUGUUUACGAUGUUCUUUGAGGAAGAGUCUGACGUUGAAGUUGCUGUCUGUUUAGUGUUUAUUUUAUUCAUUGCCUCCAUGUGGUAUCCGGUUUACAAACAAUACAAAAAGAUGCGUCAUCCUAAGGUUGUGGUACCAGAAUCCUCUAAAAUGGAUGUGUAUCAACCAGGAGAAUUUGUCCAUUGCACCACUACAAUGGCUACCGCACCUGUCCAGGAAGUUUGAGGAUAAUGAAUUGUUAUGUCGUCCAAAGAUUAAUCGUUUUGCAAUAAAAACCUUGUAUGAUAUUUUACAAAAAAUUGUUUAUUUUUCUUUCGAUUGUUGGUUUUCAUUCAAACUGAAAAAAAUAUAUUUCGAAAAUCAUUAUUUGAAAA